UGCAAGAUCAUGUCGUCAUCUCUACGCGACGAAUGUAGGGUAAAGGUUUUAACCGGUUACAGCUGCAACCUGAGGUAACUAAAGUGAAAACGUUAUGUACAAAACAAUGAACUUCAGCAGAAUUAUUGCUUUGUCAAAGACAGCUAACCUUGGUAGGACUUUACUCUCGGCGCGACUCGGUAAAGAGAUGACCUGCUGCCAUAGAACACCUCACCGCUGCGUGCAGUCUAGCUCAAGGAGUUUAGCGUACGCUAAAGAUCUGUUCCUAGGAAAAGUGAAUAAGAAUGAAGUCUUUCCUUAUCCAGAAAUAAGUAAUGAAGAGUUAGAAGAGAUUAAACAGUUUGUUGCUCCAGUUGAAAAGUUUUUCAGCGAGGAAGUUGAUUCGAAAAAGAUUGACGAGGAUGCGAAAAUCCCACCUGAAACUUUGGAUGGACUGAAAUUAUUGGGGCUCUUUGGAAUCCAGGUGCCUGAGGAGUAUGGUGGCCUUGGUCUCUCUAAUACCAUGUAUGCCCGUUUGGGAGAAAUCACAUCCCUUGAUGGAGCCAUUGCUGUCACACUUGCAGCACAUCAGGCCAUUGGCUUAAAGGGAAUCCUAUUGGCUGGAACUGAGGAGCAAAAAGCCAAAUACUUGCCUCGACUGGCUUCAGGAGAGCAUAUAGCAGCGUUCUGUCUGACUGAGCCAGGCAGUGGAAGUGAUGCAGCCUCUAUACAGAGUCGUGCUACCUUAACAGAAGAUGGGAAACAUUUCAUGCUUAAUGGCUCAAAGAUCUGGAUUUCCAAUGGUGGCAUGGCAGACAUCAUGACAGUGUUUGCAAGAACAGAGGUUUUGGACAAGGACGGCCAAAAGAAAGACAAGAUAACAGCCUUCAUUGUGGAGAAAGCGUUUGGUGGAGUGACCAGCGGCAAACCUGAGGACAAGCUGGGAAUUAGAGGCUCUAACACAUGUGAGGUGGCAUUUGAAAAUACGAAAGUGCCAGUGGAGAAUGUGAUUGGUGAAGUUGGUGGUGGUUUUAAGAUUGCUAUGAACAUCCUGAAUAGUGGAAGGUUCAGCAUGGGAAGUGCAAGUGCAGGAAUGAUAAAGAAGCUGAUUGAGAUGUCGGCGGAAUACGCAGGCACAAGGAAGCAGUUCAACAAGAAACUCGCUGAAUUUGAAAUGAUUCAGGAGAAGUUUGCCAUCAUGGCCCAGAAUGUGUUUGUGAUGGAGAGCAUGGCAUAUCUGACUGCUGGAUUGAUGGACCGGCCUGGAGUUCCUGACUGCUCUGUUGAGGCAGCCAUGGUGAAGGUGUUCAGCUCUGAGGGUGGUUGGAUUUGUGUGAGUGAGGCAUUACAAGUUUUGGGAGGAGUUGGAUAUACCAAGAACUACCCCAUUGAGCGGUACCUCAGAGACUGUCGAAUCCUGCAGAUCUUCGAGGGAACCAAUGAGAUCCUAAGGAUGUACAUUGCUCUCACAGGAAUGCAGUAUGCAGGCAAAAUCCUAACAGGAAAAAUCAACGAGAUGAAAAAGGGGAACGUUGGUGUGGUAUUUGAGAUUUUGGGAAAGAAGUUAAAGGACUCUUUGGGAAGGACUGUCGACUUUGGCCUGACUGGCAAGGAUGGCGUAGUUCACCCCAGUUUGACGGAAAGUACUAAGAUGUUUGAGCAGAAUGUGGCCUUGUUUGGCUCUACUGUGGAAAGUCUACUCUACAGAUAUGGAAAGACUAUAGUAGAUGAGCAACUAGUGCUGAAAAGAGUGGCUGAUACACUGAUUAAUCUGUAUGCGAUGACGGCAGUGCUGUCCCGUGCCAGCCGCUCAAUCAGCAUCGGCCUUCGCAACCACGAUCAUGAGGUGCUGCUCGCAAACACCUUCUGCAAGGACGCUUACUUCAAAAACAACUACUGGAUGACUCAGAUGCAAAAAAAUUCCCCCGAGAACAAUGACGCCAACAUUAAGAAGAUUGCCCAGGAAGUCCUGGAGAAGCGGGCAUAUAUCUGCUCCCACCCUCUCGAAAGAACAUUCUAAUGUAGUGCUUGUAACUACUGCAUUUGAAAAUGCUAAUGCUAAUUCUGGAUGAUGGGUUUAAGUCAAUAUGGACAACCUUGUGUAGCUUUCCCACUUUUUUCAUUUAAUAAUAAAAGUUUCAUGUGUUCAUUUAA